AUGAUACCGUAUCCGCCGUCCAUUUGUCAGUUUGUGCCGCCAUUUCCAUUAUCGGCACAUGUGAUGCCAGUGAGCCCCUCAUCACCAUCGUCCAGCAUAGCUGCAAGCAGCGAAAGCAUAUACAUUCGUCUUGCAGCUGGUGAAAAGCCAUUUUCCUGUAAUGUCUGUGGAAAGGCGUUCGCUGACAAAAGCAAUCUUCGUGCUCACAUCCAGACGCAUAGUAGCGAGAAACCUCACCAUUGCCUGCGUUGUGGGAAGCGAUUCGCGCUGAAGUCGUACCUUAGCAAGCAUGAAGAGUCGGCUUGCUAUCGCUCCUCUUCCACUGGAUCUGGUGGCAAUCCCAGCGAGACGGUACCUGUUCCUGUUUUGCAUCAACCCUUGUCAAUGUCAUCCUUGCUCAAGUGA